AUGAGCGUCCAGAGAUCACCAAUCGGAGGUUCGUCAUCACAACCAGAUUUAUCUAAGAUAAGUAACUCGAGUUCUGAUUUAUCAUCUGUCACAUUUAGGAAACGAAAAGCACCGUAUGAUAAUGAGUGCUCCUGUCCUGACACUCUAAGAGAUAUGAGAAAUGAAAUAUCACGUAUCAGUUCUUUAUUAGAAAACUAUGUGGAAAAUAAGCUUUCUCUCGGUGAGGAAGUCAUACAGGAGAUGCAGAAUCGCAAGAAUAGAGAGAAAAAUAUUGUCCUUUUUGGCGUACCUGAACAAAUUUCGUCAACCACGGAGGAAAGUCUAAUAAAGGAUGAAGCUGUUGUCUUUAGCACUAUCUCCAUGAUAAGUUCAGACAUACCAAAACCAUUCAAACUUUUUAGGAUCGGCAAACCGCGUCCAGGGAAAAACCGCAGUAUUAAAGUAUGUUUUGAAACACCAGAACCUGCAAAACAACUGCUCCGCAACAGAAGUAAACUCAGAGAUGGAGUUAAAAUAUUUUCGGAUCAAACACCAUCGCAACAAAACUACAUGAAAAAUCUAAAAGAAGAGCUUAGGCGACGUCAAGAUGAAGGCGAGACGGAUCUUACUAUCAAAUAUAUUAAUGGAACUCCAGCAAUUCUAAAAAACUCAAAAAACUUCAAUCAUUGA